ACUCACCGUGAAUCUGCCAGCAUGCAUGCCAGUACCAGUACAGUGCAGUGCAUGCAGUGCUAGUGGCUGUGCUAUAGGAUAAGAAUGGAUGCAUGCAUGAAAGGAUGGAGGCACUGGGCGUACUACUGUUCAAGCUGUGCUUCAUGGAUACUCCAUUUGGUGACAACCCUCUAGCCAUAGUCAGUGCUCAGUACAGCAUUCCUGAAGACUCUCCCUACACACAAGACCUGCACAACUUCAUAGGCUACCUGUUAACCUCUGACCCUGAGCUGUGUCCCAGUAUCUGGCAAGUGUGUGAGGUGGUGUCCAGGAUCACAGGAACCACCAACCAUGUCACUAAUGUCUUUGUAUAUAUGAGAGCUAAACUGGAUGUCUGUCCUUUCAAAGAGCUGGAGGAUUUCAAGAGCUGCUCACUAGAGAACUGUGUAGUUACUAGUUACCUAGGUCACCACCAUUAAUGUGCUAUUGUUUAUAGUGUGGUGGCUGUGAAUCAUUAUCAACACCCACUCAAAUAAUUAUAAUUGUGUAUCUAAAAAUAGAUCAGUUUAAUUAGUAGGGGAAGGCCCCAGAAAGAGGGUGUGGCACUUUG